AUGGAAUACUUGCUCUACCAUUUUGAUACUCUAACGAAACGUGGUGCGGGUGUUGAAGUAGUGAAUGAAGGAAUUAAAUGGGUGGAUUUUGAAGAAGCGUUUGAGGGUCGUUUACAAAAUAGUGCUGUAAUGAAUUUAGAUUACAAGGAUAUUAAUGAAUUCCUUGAUGAUGCCUUUAGUUUAUUUAAAGUUAACAUUGAAAAAGCUUUAAACAAGUUUGGUCCGCUAAAAGUUUACACCGUAUUGUUCACGAAAUUUGUUAAAGAUUCCAUUGAUGGUAAAACCCAAGAAAUAUCAGAUUUAAAGACAUUCAUCGCGAAAACCGGUGACAUUUUAGUUACAACCCCAUUAGAUGACUGGUACAAUGUUUAUGUUAAACAAGUAACCUUAAAAAGAAUGGAGGAAUUCCAAGAGAAAGAUUCUAAUUGGAGACUUCAUUCUAUUGAAAGGUUGGAGGUUAACAUUAACAAGUACAAUCCUAUGCGCGCAAGUUCUUAUAUCAAUUUGCCAACUUCUAUCAAUCGAAAGCAUGCCUGCAUUAAUGUCCAAAAUGCUGAUAAUCAGUGUUUUAAAUGGGCAAUAUUGUCAGCACUGUACCCAACAGACAAACACGCAGAUCGAGUUUCAAAAUAUAGACCCUAUGAAAAUACACUCAAUUUUAGUGGUAUCGAAUUUCCUGUUUCUCUCAAAGACAUUUCUAAAUUUGAAACCCUAAACAACAUUUCUGUCAACUUGUAUGGUCUUGUUAAAAGAGAUGAGAAGUUUACAGUUUCACCUCUUCAUCUUUCAUCUCAAAAGAAGAUGAAUCACGUCAAUCUUCUUCGAAUUGAAGAUCACUAUAUAGAUGAAAAUCUAAGUGAAGACGAUGAUGAUGAAACUGAUAUACCUCUCAUAUCGUUUAACUACCAUUAUGUCUGGAUAAAGGACUUGUCAAGACUUGUCAGUUCAGACUUAUCAAAGAAGAAGAACAAAAAAUUCAUUUGCGAUCGUUGCCUGCAUUACUUUGCAGAUGAAUGUAAGCUUACCGAACAUGAAGAGCAUUGUCGAAAAAUGAAUGACACAAAGAUUAAAUUACCCCAAAAAGGUCAAAAUACAGUCGAGUUUAAAAAUUUUCAAAAUAAGGAACGUGUUCCCUUUAUCAUUAAUGCCGAUUGUGAAAGUCUGUUAAUUCCCUCGGCAGCACCCCAAGAACCAAAAAAUACUGAGCAUCACCUAGAGAAGGAGAAUCCAGCUAAAUGGUUUUCUUUAGAAUUAAAGAACUUGGCUGAUAAUCUAGAUUCCAUAUUCAAGAACCCAGUUCCCAUGGAAACAUUAAGUCCACAGCAGUUGGUAGCUUUUCGAAAUGAUAUGACUUGUCAUAUUUGUAAAAAGAAAAUUGCGUAUGGGGAUGUGAAAGUACGAGAUCAUUGCCAUCUAACAGGGAAGUACCGCGGACCCGCUCAUCAAGAUUGUAAUAUUAAUUACCAUGAAUCGCAGAUCAUACCUGUUGUCUUUCAUAACCUAAGUGGCUAUGAUGCACAUUUCAUUAUUGAAGCUAUUGGUACAGAAUUUGAUGGUACUGUUAAUCUACUUCCUAUUAACAAAGAAAACGACGAUAAAAUCCAAUUGUUGACGCGAAAAGGAGUUUUUCCUUAUGAAUACAUUGAUUCAAGGGAAAAACUCGACGAAACAGAGUUACCGCCAAAAGAUAAAUUCUACAGCACAUUAAACGAUUCAAAUGUUUCCGAUGAAGACUAUGCACAUGCGCAGAAAGUGUGGAGUGAAUUUAAUUGUCAAAAUCUUGGUGAUUAUGUAUACUUGUACAUGCAAACCGACAUAUUGUUACUCGCGGACAUUUUCGAAAAUUUCAGAAACCAGUGUUUAAUCUCGUACGGUCUAGAUCCAGCACACUAUUAUACUACACCGGGUUUGACUUGGGAUGCAAUGUUAAAGUAUACGGAAGUAAGACUUGAACUCUUGACAGACAUUGACAUGGUAAUGUUUAUUGAACGAGGAAUAAGAGGUGGUGUAAGUCAAUGUACAAAUCGAUAUGCAAAAGCUAACAAUCAUUACAUGGAACAAUUUGAUAAAAAUGAGGACACGUCUUACAUCGUAUACUUUGACGCAAAUAAUCUAUACGGUUGGGCAAUGGUUCAACCGCUUCCCUAUGGUGGCUUCAAGUGGGUAGAGAAUGUUGAUAAUAGUUUUGAUUUCAAUGUUGCAGACGAUGCGCCUACAGAUUACAUUUUGGAAGUUGAUUUGGAUUAUCCAGAUCACCUUCACGAUAAACACAGCGAUUUUCCAUUUUGUCCGGAACGCUCGAAGCCACCAGGGUCAAAAGAGGAGAAGCUCCUAACUACCCUCCUACCGAAACGAAAGCACGUUCUCCAUUAUCGUGCCUUAAAACAAGCUAUUGCCAACGGUCUCGUGUUAGUUAAAAUUCAUCGCGUCAUAAAAUUCGAACAAUCCACAUGGUUGAAAAGUUACAUAGACUUUAAUACCACGCGAAGAACAAACGCUAGUAAUGAAUUUGAAAAAAACUUGUUUAAAUUGAUGAACAACGCGGUAUUUGGCAAAACAAUGGAGAACGUGCGAAAACAUGUAGACAUUAAACUUGUGACAAAGUGGGAGGGUAGAUACGGAGCUGAAGCCCUAAUAGCAAAGCCUAACUUCCACAGCAGAGCCAUCUUUAAUGAGAAUUUGGUUGCUGUGGAACUUAGGAAAAUGGAGGUACUAAUGAACAAGCCGGUGUAUGUUGGCUUGACUGUUUUGGAUGUGUCAAAAACGCUUAUUUAUGAUUUUCAUUACGAUUACAUGUUAAACAAGUAUGAUGAAAAUAAAUUGAAAUUAUUGUACACCGACACCGAUAGCCUGAUUUAUGAAAUCAAGUGCUCAGACAUUUACGCUGAUAUGAAGCAAGACAUUAUGAAAUUCGACACUUCUGAUUAUCCGGUUAAUAACGUGUACAAUAUUCCGCAAGCCAACAAAAAGAUAUUAGGUCUCAUGAAGGAUGAAUGCAAUGGAAAAAUUGUAACAGAAUUUGUUGGCUUGCGGAGCAAAAUGUACAGCGUCCGUGUAGAAGGGAAAGAUUUAAUAAAAAAGGCUAAAGGUGUCAAAGCAGGAGUUGUUAAGAAAAAUAUCGACUUUGAUGAUUAUGUUUAUUGUCUUCGAAAUAUUAAAAUGCAAUCUAGAACGCAAUAUUCAAUUAGGUCGAAUCUUCACAAAGUACAAACUUUGAAACAAACGAAAAUUGCACUAAGUCCUUAUGACGACAAGAGAUACUUGAUAGAAAAAAGCACCGACACCCUCGCAUGGGGUCAUUGUAAAAUUAUUGAAAUUGACGACGAUGAAAAUAAACUUAUGUAA